AAAAAAAACCCGACCCGUGUCAAAAGAAACCCAUCAUGACGAGAAGCAUAAAACAAAAUGUGCUUGAGGCAUGGAGGUCAAGAAGCUCAACCUCCGGCUUGGCUUAGGCACAAAGGUCAGGGAGCCCAACCUCCACCUCUAUCCAAGGUGAGGAAGUUGGAAAGCUUGACCCCACCUCUACCCAAGGCACAAAGGUCAAGAAAGCUGGGAAGCUCGACUCCUGCCUAUGCCCUAAGUGUAGGUGUCAGGAGGACCAACCUCGCUUCCACCCAAGGCAUUGGGGUUGAGAAGCUCAACCCCCACCUCUACUCGAGACAUGGAGGUCAGAAAGCUCGACCCCCACCUUUGCUUGAGGCAUAGAGGUUGAGAAGUCCAACCCCCACCUACAAUUGAGGCAUAGGGGUCAGGAAGUUCGACCCCCGUCUCUACUAGAGGUGUGGAGGUCGGGGUACCCGACCUCUACCUUCGCUCAAGGCAUGGAGGUUAGAAACUCCGACCACAUCUGACCGAGACAUGUCCCUUGAUAAUACAAGGAGCAAGUCAGUACUGAAUCGCCACCAACAAUGGUGGAGGGGAUUCUUGAUGGAUGUUCCGGGCAAACUCAUUCUGGAUGAUACGAGGUGUAUAAUAGACUAAAUAUGUCAAAUAAACUCGUGUCGAACGAACUAAACAUGUCAUCAGGUCGACUAUGGAACGAAGAGGUAUGAGCUUGAUAUGUCAGAUGAACCAAACAUUUCACUUCGAACCCCUUUGACAAGAGCCCCGAAGCAUGCCUUCUGGAGAGAGAGGGUAUAAAUAAUGAGUAUGUCAUUAACCAAUUAUCAUUCAUCAUGUAACCACCACAUAGUAUCCGUAGAAGAAAAUAAUGUCACCCUCCACCCUUUUGCCCACGUGAGUAGAUAUCCAAGGUAGGUAGUUACAUGUUAUCCCCUUCCUUCUUGCCCACGUGGAUAAGAGGCCGAGGAGAGAUUGUUGAAAGUGGUUAGAAGUUACCUCUUCAUAGAAUAUUCUAUCUCUUUACAAUCAUGUAAAAAAAUGAUGAGAUCUUAUCUUUUUUGACUAUUCAUGUUUGCACUCAUACUUAUUGGGUUACUAAUUUUUUAAGUGUCUAAGAGAUCAGGUGAAGAAAUCUCUCUCGAUAAACCUAUGCAUAUAAAUCUAAAUGACAUAAAACUAAGAUAGAUGUGAAUGAUAUCUUCCCGCGACACUUAGUUCUACCACCGCUCAUCGAGUCCUAUCCAAACGGGGGUGAGUAAAAGCUGUAACACGGUAAAAGCUUGCCGCGGAAGGGAAGGCCACAGCAACCCCGAAGAAGAAUAUCGAGGUGAAUCAGCUUUACCGAAUGGUUGGUUCGUUGGUGGUAUCAGAUCCGGAGUUCUCUAACACACAACCCGGAUCCGUGCGCUCCUCUCUGUUACGAGACCCUGCACUCGCGUAGCCUCCGCGUGUGGCCCACUCUGGCCCCACAACUUAAUCCUCUCUGCUACCCCCGCCCCUCUCGCUCUUUCCUCGGUCCUCCUCAUCUGGUGGAAUGCAGCCUGCAACUUAAUCCUCUCGCUCUUUCCUCGGUCCUCCUCAUCUGGCGGAAUGCAGCCUGCAACUUAAUCCUCUCUGCUACCCCCGCCCCUCUCGCUCUUUCCUCGGUCCUCCUCAUCUGGUGGAAUGCAGCCUGAGGAGCAGGACGCAGAAGCACGGAGAACCGAGCAAUGGAGAGAAAGCCUUUGAAAGGUUCAAAGCCAAAUCCAUCAUAAAUUAUGACUCCCACCGGAGCCCAAGUCGUAAAGCCACGAGCCGAGCUCUCCUCCCUCCGCGUCGAGCGUAGGGAGGGCAACGGGCGAGAAGAUGUCGAGCGUCGUGCUCUUUGCGCUUCUCUCUCUUCUCUGCCUCUCCGCUGUCAAGGCGGAGGACCCGUACCUCUUCUUCACGUGGAACGUCACGUACGGCACCGCCUCGCCUCUCGGCGUCCCUCAGCAGGUCAUCCUCAUCAACGGCCAGUUCCCCGGCCCCAACAUCAACUCCACCACUAACAACAACAUCGUCAUCAACGUCUUCAACCACCUCGACGAGCCCUUCCUCUUCACCUGGAACGGAAUCCAGCACAGGAAGAACUCAUGGCAAGAUGGCAUGCCGGGCACUAACUGCCCUAUUGCUGCUGGCACAAACUACACCUACCACUUCCAGGUGAAGGACCAGAUCGGAAGCUACUUCUACUUCCCCUCCGUCGGCAUGCACAGGGCGGCCGGAGGCUUCGGCGGCCUUCGUGUCAACAGCCGCCUUCUCAUCCCCGUGCCCUUCGAUGACCCUGCUGAUGAUUACACCGUCCUCAUCGGUGACUGGUACACCAAGAGCCACAAGGCCCUCGCCCAGCUCCUCGACGCAGGCCGCACCAUCGGCAACCCGGCCGGCGUCAUCAUCAAUGGGAGCCCCGGUAAGGACGCCGCCGGCGAAGAUGACGCUCCGCUCUUCACCAUGGAGGCCGGGAAGACGUACCGCUACCGCAUCUGCAAUGUCGGCCUGAAGGUGUCGCUCAACUUCCGGAUUCAGUCCCACCUGAUGAAGCUCGUGGAGAUGGACGGGUCGCACACCGUGCAGAACGACUACAAAUCCCUCGACAUUCACGUCGGGCAGUGUUUCUCGGUGCUCGUCACGGCCAACCAGGAGCCCAAGGACUACUACAUGGUCGCCUCCACCCGCUUCACCAAGUACAUGCGGACCGCGACCGGCAUCAUCCGUUAUGCCGGCUCCAGCGUCCCUCCGUCACCCGAGCUGCCGGAGGGGCCAGUCGGCUGGGCAUGGUCCUUCAACCAGUGGCGGUCCUUCCGGUGGAAUCUCACCGCCAGCGCCGCCCGGCCCAACCCCCAGGGCUCCUACCACUACGGGAGUAUCAACAUCACCCGAACCAUAAACCUCGCCAGCUCCGUCGGGCUCGUCAACGGGAAGCGCCGCUUCGCGCUCAACGGCGCGUCGCAUGUGGAGUCCCCCACCCCACUCAAGCUCGCCGAGUACUACGGCGUCGCCGACAAGGUGUUCAAGUACGACACCAUCGGCGACGAACCACCGGAAAGCAGUGCCAGCAUCACGGUCACGCCUAACGUCCUCAACGCCACCUUCAGGGACUACAUCGAGAUCAUCCUCGAGAACCCUGAGAGGAGCAUUCAGUCGUACCAUUUGGACGGCUACUCCUUCUUCGCCGUCGGGAUGGGGCAUGGGAAGUGGACGCCGGCAAGCCGGAGGACGUACAACCUUCUCGACGCAGUGAGCCGGCACACGAUACAGGUGUAUCCGAGGUCAUGGUCGGCGAUCAUGCUGACGUUCGACAACGCGGGGAUGUGGAGCCUGCGGUCGGAGCUGUGGGAGAGGCACUACCUGGGACAGCAGCUCUACAUCAGCGUGGUGUCGCCGGCGAGGUCCCUGAGGGAUGAGUACAACAUCCCGGACAACACGUUGCUCUGCGGUGUGGUUGCCAGCCUCCCGAAGCCGCCACCCUAUGUCUAAUUGCAGGGACGGGAACAGGCGCCGCCCUCUGUGGAGAGCGAGCGAGAGGAUACCUGAUGAAGGAGAAAGGCAGGUGAGACUAAUAAGUGGCUUUUUCGCAGGGCCUUUUAGUCUUGUGAUGUAUUCGGCUCUAAAUUUGCUGGGUUCUCCUCAUCGCAAGUAAAAUGUUAUGAUUUAUAUAUACGAAAGGCCUCAAGAUUUACCUC